CCCGGUGCCCGCACACUCCUGGUAGCGGCGGGGACGCGGCCUCAGCGCGGCGUUGGGCCCACCAGCGGGGCGGGGAGCGGAGGACGAGCGAGCGGCUCCGCGGCCUAUGGGAGCGGGCGGCGCGGCGUGAGCUGGGCGCCGCGGGUGGGCAGGGGGCAGGCGAGAGGGCGGCGGAUCUACCGGCGAGGGUGCCCCGUUGCUCGCGGCCGCCAUGGAGGUGUGCGAGAACGGCGGGGAGCAGCCGCUGCUGCACUGGGACCGCAAGCUGAGCGAGCUGUGCGAGCCCGCCGACCCCGACACCCUGCUGUGCCACACGCACUUCACAGAGUUCCUGGAUGAGUUUUCACCCGAUGUCCUAGGCCAGCUCUUGAAUGAUCCUUUCUUGUCUGAGAAGAACGAAAUAAUGGAGGUGGAAUUGUCUCCGGCAUCCCCAGCACCCCUUAUCCAGGCAGAACACAGCUACUCCCUCUGUGGGGACUCUCGACCUCAGUCUCCCUUGACCCACAUCUCAACUGAUGACAACUUCAAUGAAGGUGACCUGGAAAAUGAGGAAUGGUGUCUGGCUGCAGAGCUUACUCCAGCAGGAAUAAAGACUGAGCCAGUUUUGUGCGAGACAUCAGGCCUUGCUCCCUCAGUCAGUCUCACUGUCACGGCCACAUCGCUGGAGGGGGAGCAACCAGAGCUACAAAUGGAUGCCCUGAUGAAACCACUGAGCCAGAAAGUUCUUCCAGAGAUUAAAUUGGAGCCCCAUGAAGUGGAUCAGUUCUUGAACCUCUCUUCUAAGGAAGCAGUGGAUCCCCUUCAUUUGCCUCCAACCCCUCCCAGCAGCCAUGGCAGUGACUCUGAAGGAGGGCAGAGCCCGGCUAGAUCGCUCCCUCCUUCAAGCCCCGUCCAGCUACAAGCCACGGCUAAAGUGACAUCGCGCACAGCUUCAGUGCUUUCCAAUUCCCCUCUCCUGACUGCACCGCAUAAAUUACAGGGGACCGGCCCGCUCAUCCUGACAGAGGAGGAGAAGAGGACGCUGAUAGCAGAGGGGUACCCAAUCCCUACCAAACUGCCCCUGACAAAAGCAGAGGAAAAGGUGCUGAAGAAAAUCCGCAGGAAAAUAAAGAACAAGAUCUCUGCCCAGGAAAGCAGAAGAAAAAAGAAAGAAUACAUGGACAGUCUGGAAAAAAAAGUUGAGACCUGUUCAAAUGAAAAUAGCGAGCUGCGUAAGAAGGUUGAAGUCCUGGAGAAUACUAACAGAACACUUCUGCAGCAGUUGCAGAGGCUCCAAGCCAUGGUUGCUGGGAAAGUGUCCCGUUCGUGUAAGGCAGCUAGCACACAGACAGGGACCUGUCUUAUGAUGGUGGUGCUGUGUUUUGCAGUAGUUUUUGGCAGCUUCUCUCAGAGCUAUGGGCCGUAUCCUUCUGCUACAAAGAUGGUGUUGCCCAGGCAGCAUUCCUCAUCAGAGUCCUACACAGACUCCAUUGUGAGGUCAAGGAGUCUGCUAAUUUAUGAAGAGCCUCACCAACUGGAGGAGUCGUCAAGCCCGAUCUCCUUUGCAGAUCGCAAUGACAGGCAAGCAGACACUUCCAAGUAUGCAGCACUGUCCCUGGAAGCCAUGCCAGGGACACAGCAGGAUGAUAUCAUGCAGUUCACAAUAGCCAACGAGACGAGGCUAGAGAAAUCGGUGCUGCUGGGCCUGCAGCAGCACAGAGUCAGCUCUGAACUAGAAGGAAAUGAAACACUGAAGAUAAUUGAAAUAGAUAGAAGAGUCAAUGCCACCUCUUAAAAAUAAAUAAGACCUUUUUUCUUGACUUCCCUCUUUCCCACAUAUUGUCAACCAAAGUCCCCCCUGACUAGUCAUCCUCAGUGAACCAAAGCACAAAAGAGAGGAGUUCAACUUCUGCAUCGACUGGUGAGGCUGUGACUGCAGAUGGGAUCUCUUGUCUUUGUAACUCCCUUCCUCACUUCACACACAGUCCCUGUCUUUGCUUUUAUUCCUUUCCUGUCUAAUACUGCAAGGGCAGGAUUGAAUUAUGAUGGCAGAUGAUGCCAGCAGUGUGCCGGUGACUGGUGUGUGUGCGUGCGUGCAUGCACAUAUCCUAAUCUGAACACAAAGAUUCUUUCUGUAGAAAAAUGAAUACGCAAAACCAAUGGGAACAUGUGGGAUGAUAGGUUUCUUAGGAGGAGAUAACUGAGAGAAAGAGGAGGUGCAGCAUGGUGCAGCUCUGAAUCUAUCCACAGCUCCAUGCCUAUUGGUCUACAGCACCUGAGCCUUUUGGGGGGUAUUGAGAAGCACGUAUAUAGCCUGCUUCUGAAGGGACAAGAAAGGGCCCUGAUACUGCUGAGUUAACAUGGGCAGGAGAGGGGUGGGCAAUGACGAUGCUGAAUUGUCCUCCCCUAGCUCUUUCUCUUCUCCCCUCCAGCCUCCUUAUCAUUUCGUGGGGUAAAUUUCUCUGGGUUGAAAGCAGUCCCGGUAGGCUUCCCUACUGCUUCCACCCUUGUGGAAUUCAAGCAAAGAUCAGUUGCUGUCUUGUCACACUUUGUGUGGGAGAAUUACACUAGUUUUUCUAAAUCUGUUUAGAAAGCAGGUUUUGUUAAAUUUAUGCAAUGUUUUGGAUGGAUGUCCUUUAGUCUGCUUAAGGCUAAUCUAUUUAGCUUAAAACAGUUCCUUCCCAAUAAAGUAAAUCAAUGUAAGGCUUAAAUCAGAAGUGCCUCCUGAGAGGACCAUAUGGUUUUAAUUUAUUAGCUUCUAGAUGCAUUGAUGGAAUUUCUUACGUAGACCUGGUCUCAGAUUGUCCUGUAUUUUCCUUUCCUUGCCAUCUUCCUGUUACUAUUGUAAAUAGUAUUUAUUAGCUUUGCAAAAUUUUGUUCAGGCAGUUGCAAUGAAGAGAACUGAGCUUCCCUAACCCUGCAAGUGGUCUGGGCGAACUCUGAUAUGAGACACAAAAUAUUCACCCAUUCCCGCCCCCUAAACUUGAGUUGCCCUAAAAUAAAGCCAUGUGUCUUAUCUUCCUCGUACCUCCUUUUCCAGAGAUGUGAUCUUGGACCAACCGCUUAGCAGAAAAGACGUGCUCCAGCUAGGCACAGUUCAGGGCUGGCAGUGGUAGAUACUGUCUUAACUGUAUGGCAAGAGAGCCGCUGGCCUGAGGAGUUGAGUGUUUAGGCAGGAAACAAGGCAAAAGAGGAAUGAGAUGGGUACACAGGGAGGUGAAAAGACUGGCCCAAGUUCAGUGGAAAAGCCAAGAGCAGUAUUCAGGUCCGAUCCUGGUCUAGUACUCUUCUCCCUGCUUUGUUUCCUCCUUGUCCCAGGCAGCUGUUGCCUUUAAGGGUUCUCCCUCUCUCAGUGCCCUGGUCAUGCCUUUGCCUGAGCUGUGCUUCUUGCAGUGGCACAGUUGAACCUACCCCAGGAUUUGAGCAGAGUUUUGUCUGGUUACUACAGAAGGGCGCUCGGACUCCAUUGAGGAUGGAUUUAAUGUGAAAAUUCUAAUUUAGCAGGCUAGCAUAGCUACUUUACAGUUUACCAGAAGUCAAUUUAAAAAAAGAAUAACGAACUUUGAAGCUCUUUCUUCUUCUUCUUUUUUUUUUUUUUUUUUUCCUAGUGACAAAUAAGGGAAAAACUAACCUAGCCUUACAAGUAAUUUUUUACCAUGUACAGUAGAUAUUUCCUGCAAGUAUUCUAUUUUGUAAAAUAUUGGAUUUGUAUUUUAUUACAGCAGCUGCCACACCAGCUCCUUUCUUGUUAUUCUCCUUGGACUUUCUUCCUUCAGUAUCCUAUUUGCAGCCUUCAGGACUGACUCAAAACUCAGUGAAAUGAAUGGAAGGAAUUCAGUGAAUUACAAGGGGCUGUGGAUCAGUCCCCACUGUACCAUUUUAAGAAGGUGUUUCACAUUAGUGGAAGUGAAACGUGAGUCUGACUCCGUGAGCUAGUGAUGAGUUUUGGUGUACAGAUGUACUUUUUAGGUAAUGCCCUAUUCCUCUAUGCAAGUGCCUUUUUGUUAUUUUAUCUUUGGUGGCAAUGAGAGGAGAAAUGCUGUUGUAGUCUAUUUUGCAAGUGUUCCCUUCUCGGCAUGGGUCAGUCUCCUCCCUAAAGUAUCUUUCCCUUCACAGUGAUCCUGCUGAGUCCUCUGAGUCAUUCCAGUAUCCACCAACAACUUUGUAUGGUUUGUUUUUUUGGUUUUUUUUGUGGUUUUUUUGGUUUUUUGGGGGGGGGGUUUGGGGUUUUUUUUGUUUUUUUUUUUUUACGAUUUAAGGCUUCAUGUAAAUAACGAGCACUGGUGGGUGCCACAAGGGAUGGCUGCAUUGCUUAGCCACAUGAGGUCAGCAAAGCGGCAGGAGAAAGCUGGGACUGACCCUUCCAUUUACGGCAUGGCUGGUCAGUGUAAGCGGGCAAGAUCAUAGCUUAGAAAAUUCCUUAAAUGGUCUUUGUUUUCAGAGCACCCAUGGUUUGCCACCUCUGGGGGCAACUGAAUGCUCAAGUCUUCUGCAAAAGAGGCCCUGCUGUCAAGCCCAGCACUGCUCCUAUUAGUUUUGCAGUUUGCGCUGUGCGUGAGUAGGAGGCCGCUCUGCCUGAGCUCAUGCCCAUUAAAUGGAACACCUCCUCUUGCAGAUACAGCUGACUUUGCUGUAUUAAAACCAAAAUUGAAUUAUUUCUCAGUACUUAAAGGACAGAUGAUUUCACAAACACUAGACAAUCCCCUCUCUCUGAAACCUACUGCACUAGUCACCAUUAAAGCUUUGCCCUUUUUUUUGCUUAAAUUGGGCAUGUCGGUUCAGAUCUGAUUGGGAGAUAGUCAUGGUUUCAUCGGGAGCAUUUUAAACUGGCCACGGUCUUGGUCAGUCCUCUGAACUAAUUCAUCCAAGCCAGUAUGGCCAUACUAAUUUUCUUGUAACGGUUUGAUAAUAUAUAAUCUUAAUUUGUGUAAUUCUUUAAGUUAUUUUUAGAUAUUCUUUCGGGGAAUCUCUUGACCUAGCACACACAUUGCUUGGGGAUUUAUUAUAUUAAAUGUUACUUCUUUAUAGUGAGGAAAACCUUUGCUUUACUUUGGUAUUUUUGUGAUAAUUUUUCUUCAGGGGCCUUAAUACAACAGAUUUAUCUGCUAGAUACUAGGGGCCAAAGAAUCUCCUGUCAUUAUCUACCCACAGGCUGUUAUGUGACAAAGACCUCACCAUCUCCAGAGGUGGUUUAUGCCCAUGUUACGUAUCUAGCAGGGGGACGGAGGAGGCAGGACACAUGCAAUUGCACUGCCAGCCUCAGCAGCCCGAGGGUGAACGUUGAUGCACUGCGGACCACGUGGAGAGGCAGCUGUGUGCGCUCUGUGCUAAGGGCAUAGGGAAGGAGUAGUAAUGCGUAUUCAGGGAAGAUGCCAGUAAAAGUGCUUUUAAUUAGCUCAGCUAUAUUACUUGAGGUCUUAGCCUUCUGCCAGUAUACUUUUUCCAGUGAUCAGUGACUUGGUGCUGUAGAAGGAUGUGUGUGUAUGGACAGGGUAGGCAAAGGCCUUAUGUGCUACUUAAUUUCCAUUUCCGCUAGAGGACUUAAGUGAUCCUUAGAGUCUUCAGCUGUAAUGUUGUGCUUCUUGUAGCGUGAUUCUAUGCACACUAAUAAACUUACCUUUUGUCCUGUAGCUUUAAAGCAUGUCUAGAUCUGUUGGGUCUUUGCUUCUAGGGAGAUAAGCUAUGAAGGAAUGUAGGGCAUUAUUUUUUUAUAUAUAUUUUAAAAGCAUCAGCAGAGGGCAUGUGACAGUUCUAACCUUGUCAGUGUGUAGGUAUUGUUGAGUUUUUUUCCCCAGGCUAUUUAUAGUUCUUUGCUGCAUUUCGCUUAUUUCAUCCGUACCAUUCAAUAUUUUUCAGCAGCACAGACUAAUAAUGGAUUAGGCUGGGCUGAGGUUCUUAGGCCAGAUCCCAGCUGCUACGACACAGCCUGCUUGUCGUUAUACAACUUUUGGAGGCUGCAGGUCUGGUUUAUACUGGCAGGGGACCUCUGCCAUAUCUCUCUGUGUAACAGUGUAUCUCAAUGUAUUCUUGAUUUUUCUAAUAUAGAGCUGAAAAUUAAUCUAAAAACUUUUCUUCUUCUUUUUUUUUUUUUUUUUCCCUGCUAAAGAAACCAACCCACCUCUCUGCUCCCAUCCCCCAAACUAUCAGUGGUGAAUUCUGUCUAGACGCAUUUAGAAUGUAGGUCAAGUAAAUGAACGAUACUAAUUGCUACGUUGGGAGGGAUUUCCACUGAGUAUUUGGGCUCUAGAUUCUAGCUUAUGCCAAGAGGCCAUUGUACAAAACCCACGCAGCUAAGAACAGAGGUAUACAGAGUAUUUUUAUACUCCUGGUGACUAAAAUACUUCUUUCUCAAGUCACUAAUUAGAAGGGGAACAUUAUGUAUUCUGAAGGUGAAACGGUAGGUCAGUAAUCUGUAACAACAGAAGUUCUACUAGCCUAUAGAAGUGUAGUGCUAUGAUGUGUUGCUGCUUUUCACUAUAGCGUUAAGAAUAAACAACUCUGGGGGGUUGCAAAGAUGAAUGAACUGGCUUGUGUGUUAAGGCCUUUACAAAUAAGAUGAAAGGAUUCAGUCAAUGAGCCAGGACAUUGUAGCUUUCUUGUGGCCAACAAAAUGACAGUGGGCAUUCGGGGAUAUGUUGAGGUUGUGAUCCCAGUUAGUACCACAUUGCUUAGGUGAUCAACAUCCAUUGGAGACUCCAGGAUUGUGAGGGAGAUUGCUAUUUGGUUUUGUGGUUUUCAGGUCUGGCCUUUUCCUGCUUUGCCAAGGUGUAUAUAUAUAUGAAUGCACUUCCUACAUAGGAAAGAUUGCAUCUUGCAGGAAACCCUCGUUUGUGAUGCUGAAAUGGAGGCUGGAUAUUCUUUAUUAGCAGUAUUCUCUUCUCUGCCCUGAAGCCAGUAUCCUUAAUCUUUCUCCAAGAGUUGGAACUGAAUAAGUGAGAAGAAAACACAAGCAACCUGGAUUUGUAGAUCUAUUUUACAGAAAAGAAAUGGCAGGUGAAGGGAAUCCUGAUGUCACAGGGAACAUUCUAGUCCCUGAUUCCAUAAAUCAGCAGUGAUAGUCUUUUUCAUUAGUUCCCCCCUUGUUUUAGCUUUAGUCUUCCCCUUGCUCUUUAAUACUAAACAGUCCUAUUUAUGCAUACCUGACCUUUAUGGUAUAUGCCAUUUUCCCUUCCAACCAGCAGGAAAAAAUCGUUUUGAACUUUCGUAGCCCAUAAUUAAGGGAGUGGAAGGGAGAGAGGGGGAAGCAGAGGCAGGUAAUCAGUUUCUUUUAACAGAACUCUGCUCGUAUCUGACUUUGCCAUAUCAGAUCUUAAUUCAGUGGUGCUGAUGUAACAGUGUCUUGCUUAUUUCAUUUGUACAGUUAGCAACAAUGAGUGCGAGUGUGUGUGUAUCUGUGCAUGUGUGCAUGGUGAGUAACUUUAAAAAAACAAAAAGGCAGAGUUGUUUUCUUAAUGCAGUAAGCAUCACUAAGUAAAGGCAUCUACCUGAACACACAGGACACAUUCCACUUGGUGCAACAGAAAGUCCAGGUGUUUCUGUCUGAAACCUGUUCACAUUCCAUCUCACCGAGCACUCAUGAAACAGUCAUGUGAAUUGCUGUCUGAAGUGUGUGCUAUUAGUAAUUGUAGACUGAAAGUUGUUGCACUGUCAUUUUGCGUGUAUGCAUAGACUGUCUGGCCUUUCUGUAGGACAGCUCUGUUUGGUACAAAAAAAAUAAUUACUUUAGGUUUGAUUGUAUCUUCUGGUGUCAUUUUUGUUCUGCAGAGUUAUGGCUUUGAAUGCUUUUUUUUGUUUCUUUUGUUUUAAUGGUGUAAAUUAGCCUUAAAAAGUGCCCCCUGGGAGCUGAUGGCUCAAGGAAAGUCAUUUUAUUGAGCUGGUCCUCUGGGAGAGUACCUGAAGAUUACCCCCUCCUGGGAGGGAGCACUACUGCCCUGACCACCAUGCGGGCACAGCAAGAUGCCAGCAAGGGGAAGCAGUUUGCUCUCAGAGGGCCAUGCCGUGAUGCAAGUACAUCACAGUUUCCCUGAGAUUUGCUGGUCUUAUUACUUGAUGUUACCCUUCUGAAGAGAAAUACAUAUCCAGGGCCAAAGCCAUUGCCCUGGGCCAUGCAAAACAAUAGCUUGUGACUCCAAGUUACUCUUCGUGUGACACCCUUAAGGCUUUCCAGCUGUUAUUUCCCUUUCCUUCUGUUCAUGUGGAUACAGUAUGGGUUUGUGCAAAGAUUUAAAACAAUCUAAGAUUAAAAGAACAGUGAUACUACUGCAAAAAGCACACACCCCCUAAACUCCUUGGUAAACUCCAUUGGAGCGUCUUCUGACUGCAGGUAUCUCUGUUCUUUUGCCACAAGUCUAUUUAACUCUGUGUAUGUGUGUUCAGUGGCCUCUCUAUUUUUGUACAAGCUCUGUCAUCUGGAUACGGUCCCACCUGAUUUUUCACACUGCAAACAUGUCCAUUGGGUGGAAAGAAAUUGCUAUUUUUCCUUUUUAAAUCGUCUGCUUGAUUCUAUGGGAGGGCAGACUACCUGCUUUUGUAGCCUAAACAUGUAUGUAGCGAAGUAUGUUAUGCUUUUCAUUUCCUGCAAAUAAAUAUUUUCUGUAGAAAAA